CCAAGAUGGAGGUUGACAAAAUUUAAGAAAGGGGUCAAAGAGGAGACAACAAGAAAAAGAAAUUGCGUUUUAGUAUAAAAGGAAGAUUCGCUUUCAAAUCAGCAUCACAACUCCUCUUGGAUUAUCACUUCUGUGCAUAUUCAUAACUUAGAGAGAUGUUUACCAAGGCUCUUGUUUGCUUGUUUGUUGUUGGUUGCACUUUUGCACAAGAUUAUUCUGAUGACCAGAAUGCCAGGGAACAACAGUUUGCACCAAAUUAUGCUCAUCAAGGAUAUAGAAAUGAUAUAUACGAAACAGGUAAAGCAGAGCCAUACGAUUUCGGCUUCCAAAGCACCGAUGAAUUUGGAACCAUUAUGAACCGAAAGGAAUCAUCAGACAGCAACGGAGCCGUCCGUGGUAGCUACGGUUAUACCGAUCCAUUUGGUGUUUUCCGACAUGUCGACUACGUUGCCGACGAAUUUGGAUUCAGAGCUGAAGUUAAAUCUAACGAACCAGGUAUGGGAACCCAAAGCCCCGCUAAUGUUCAAAUCUAUGCCGAGCCUCCACCCGCUGGUGUCAUCGUUGAGCGACCAUACUACCAUCCACAUGGAUACUUACAAGGUGGACAAAAUGGACAAGCCUCAGCUCAACAACAACAGAAAAGAAACCCAACUGCUUCAGGUAGCAACCAAUCUCGUCAAGUAAGGCCAGUGUCUGGAUCUUCCGGAUCAAGAGGUUCAGGAUCAACAUCAGGAAACAGAGUUGCUGUCUACCCCUACGUUGCACCUCAACAAAAUGCUUUCUCUUCUAACGCUCUGAGCACUAGCCAAUACCCACAAACUGUCAGCAGCCAGUAUGCAGCCAACGCAGCAGCAGCUUCUGCAAGUGGUAGCCAAUACUCUUCCGGAUCUGCCUACCAAUCAUCAGCCAGUGUUUACCCAAGCAGAAAUGCCUAUUUAGAUUCUCAGAGCUAUGCUUCCCAAUCUGCCAGUCAGCAUAGAGCAUCAGCUGGAUCUUCCUCCGCCUCCAGUGCUCAGCAGCCAAUUGUUGCUAAACCUUAUGAUGGACCCACAUACAAAGUUGGAAACCCACACAUAACUGAUCUUUCCCGAAGUGAAAGACAAGAAAGUGGAACCAUUUUGUUACCAACCCUCGUUACAGGAGGAGCUCCUACAACUUUAGUUAAGCACAUCCACACUUACCCAUCUGCUCAAGUAGCAUAAGCAGUUAGCAUUUGAGGGAUCUGGUGAUUAUCCUCAUCAGGAUGGUAAUUAAAGCACUUUAAGUUGUAAGGCUGAUGAUUAAGUUAUUUGGACAGUUAAAUUUCCUUUGUAUAUUUGGACAAUUAAUUGUAAUUGCAAGUGUUACAACGGUGCUAUUUUGUCCUUUAAUUUAUUGUAUUUAUUCGUAUAGGUUGAGGAUUUUUUUUUUAUUAUUUGCAUUAUUUUUAUGUUAAAGAUAAUUUAAAAACAUACU